AUGAGGGAAGGGGGGCUGAUGGUGGGGCGCCGGGGGAGCCUUCCGCUGCCCCCCAAGCCCCAGUUGCGGCGCGAGGCAGCAGUGGAGGAGCCGGAUGCAGGGCCGGGGCCUGGGGGCCGUGGGGGCCCCUACCGCCUGGUGCUGCUGGGGGAGCGUGGCGUGGGCAAGACGGCGCUCGCCACGGCCUUCGCGGGGACCCCACCUGGGCCCCCCGCUGAUGACGAGCCCCACGAGGACUCCUAUGAGCGGCGCCUCUCAGUGGACGACGAGGAAGUGACCCUCAUCGUCUAUGACAUUGGGGACCAGGGUGAGGCAGGCGGGUGGUUGCAGGAGUCCUGUGUGCGCACAGGUGAUGCCUUCCUCCUUGUCUUCUCCGUGACCGACCGCAGCAGCUUCUCCCGCCUGGCACCUGCCCUACGCCGUCUCCGCGCAGACAGCCCCCGGCCCGACCCGCCCAUCAUCCUCGUGGCCAACAAGAGUGACCUGGCUCGCGCGCGCGAGGUCUCCCUUGAGGAGGGCCGGAGCCUGGCAGUGAUGCUGAGCUGCAAGCACAUCGAGACCUCGGCUGCGCUGCAGCACAACACGCAGGAGCUCUUUGAGGGUGCCGUGCGCCAGAUCCGCCUCCGCCGCGGCCAUCCGGGGGGCGAUGCGGCCGGCGGGCGCCGCGAGAGCCUCACCGAAAAGGCCAAGCGCUUCCUGUCCAGCCUCGUGCCUCGCAACGGGCGCUUCUUCAAGCAGCGCUCCAAGUCCUGCAAUGACCUCUCUGUGCUGUGA